AUGAAGGGAUCAUUUGUCCAAAUAAUUAGAGAAGAUCUAACUGGGCUGAUUUUCCUUUACAAGCCCAUUUUCUUAUCCAGCCCAAGCCCAAUUAGAACCCCUACUCGUGCCCAAAAAUUUCUGGAGAAAUUAACGACUACUGAAGUUUCUACCUCACCGGCGAAAGUUGCAGCUAGGCGUAGACGAGCAGCCAUGGCGGAGGCGAACCAAAAUACGAACCCGAAUCCGGCCCCUAGCGGCGGCGAAGUUCCACCAAAUGUGACUAUUUACAUCAAUAACCUCAAUGAAAAAAUUAAGCUUGAAGAGCUGAAGAAAUCGAUGCACGCUGUGUUCUCACAGUUUGGUAAGAUACUGGAGGUUUUAGCAUUCAAAACCCUAAAGCAUAAAGGACAGGCGUGGGUAGUGUUUGAUGAAGUUUCUUCUGCUAGCAAUGCACUUCGCCAGAUGCAGGGUUUUCCUUUCUAUGAUAAGCCUAUGAGAAUACAAUAUGCAAAGACGAAAUCUGAUGUUGUAGCAAAAGCCGAUGGUACUUUUGUUCCCCGAGAAAAAAGAAAGAGGCACGAGGAUAAAGCAGGGAGAAAGAAGAAGGACCAGCAAGAUGCUAAUCAAGCUGGAAUGGGCCGGAAUCCUGCAUAUGCUGGUGCUUAUGGUGCAGCACCUCCUUUCUCACAAAUACCAUACAUGGGUGGAGCUAAAGCUGCAGUACCGGAGGCUCCUGCUCCGCCAAAUAGCAUAUUGUUUGUGCAGAAUCUUCCUCAUCAGUCUACUCCAAUGAUGCUACAAAUGCUCUUCUGCCAAUAUCCAGGCUUUAAGGAAGUUAGGAUGGUUGAGGCAAAGCCUGGAAUUGCUUUCAUAGAAUAUGGAGAUGAGAUGCAAUCGACUGUUGCCAUGCAGGCCCUGCAAGGCUUCAAAAUUACCGCCGACAAUCCCAUGCUGAUUACAUAUGCAAAGAAGUAGAUAAGACUAUAUUGUAGCUGCUAUCUGUAGAAUUAAACAUUUACUUUCACUAGGAUUUGAGUGUUGCAAUUUUAAGCUUUAUGAUCCUUGGAUAUCUAAGUUUAGCCGUGUAUUUGCUGUGUACUAGCACCUUGUAAUUUUGAUGUGCUUCUAUGGACCAUUUGCCAUUUUAAAAAAGUGUCAAGUCUCAUUUAAACAUUAUUUGGUGGAGAACAAACAAUCUCUUUGCCUCUAUAGUCUACAUUGUUGAAGUAUUCAGAAUCCACUUGUUUGAUA